AUGUCGGGCACCACUUCAACCUUCCAGCUCCAACCGCCCAUCAUGGGUUACACCAUGGAAAUCAACAGCUCUGGCGACAAGAUGGCAGUCGUUGGAACUGGCAAACCAUUGAAGGACUGGAGCGCAUUGGACACCAGUGCACCACUGGCAUUUUCUCCAAACCAGCAACGUCCCAUCUAUGGAGAUGGAAAGUACCGUCAUCUACGUACCCAAGGUCUGCCUGUCAAGUUUGUCAGAAAAGGCAAUCUCAAGGAGUUCAAGCGUCAGAUACAAGAAUUCAUUGAAGAAAAUGGGUUCUUUGCCAUUACUCACGUACCUGAUCCAGUCUCUGGUGAAAUGCUCUGCAUUGUCAACGGACAUCCAAGAUUCACGGUCCAGUCUGUUACAAAGCAAGUUGAACAACAGGUCAAAUGUUACGACAAGUACGACAAAGCAAACGACGCUGAAGCCAAGAUCUUCCUAGGCAACAGCCUCGACCCAGAACUUGCUGCCAAACUCUACCUGAAGGUCAAGACUACCGAUCCGUUUCCCGUCAUGUUCCAAAAGUUCAUUCAGAUGCUCCACACCACGUCUAUCCAUUAUUUUGAAGGACUCAAGACAAACAUCCGCAAGCGCAAGCCCUCCCAAUACUCUGGAGAGGAUAUUGCACAGAUGGCAGAGGACAACAAGGAAGAUGCAAAUGAGUUGACAAUCGCAGGUCAAUAUGAAUUCAACCUCAACAAUGUCAUGGUUGACAACUUCCUUGAAGCCUCCAGAGCUGAGCACAAUUCUUACCGUCAUGAAAUGCUCAACGUCAGCGCCAAGAUGAACAAAGCACUGAUUGAGAUUGGCUACAUGGACAAGGAAGCAGCAGCGCAACAUUUGGAAGCAGAAGAACUUACACACGAGCACAUCUGUGACAAGGCCGAGGAUGCUUACCGUACACUUUUUGACAAGCAUCAACGGCCUGCUGCGAGACCCACCAUCCGAGACUCCAAGACUCCCUAUGCCAAGAUGGCCAAGACAUUCACCCCCGAUGACGUCCAGAACCAUGCAUACGCUCUGAUCCACCAGCAGACCGGUUCAAAGGGCAAGGCCAAACCUGACGACAUCUGUUUGAACUGUGGAGAGAAAGGACACUGGGCUCGCGACUGCAAAAGUGAAAAGAAGCCCAAGCGACCUUUCAACAACAACAAGAAGAGUAAGCAUCAAAAGGACAAGCACGGAUCCAGUUGGAAGACUACUCCACCUGCUCCUGGUGCACCUGAGACCAAGAAACUCGGUGGAAAGGAUUUUAACUGGUGCGCUCACUGUGGACGUUGGUCGACCACCCAUGGCACUGACGGCCAUACCAAUGAUGCCACCAAGCGCGACUUGAAAGGUUCGGGACCCCAAGCAAAUCACCUGCGCUUCGCUGGAGCCUGGUACACCCCCUUUUGCCAUGAUCAGCCAAGUCUUCUGUCCCUACGUGUUGUCUGGACCAUAAUCCAACACUUCUUGAGUUACCUUCCCCAGUUGGUUGUUGCCUUCUUCUUGGCCCGUUCCAUUGGCGUCACUACACCAAAUGUUUCAGCUUUCAUGGCCGAUCAAGUUUCGACUGCAUCCUCUUUCUUGGCCAAUCAAGUUUCUUUCAUGAUGAGUGAAGCUACCGCCGCCUCCGCCUACCUAUUCACUGCCGCUUCCACUGUCUUUGCUGCCUUUGAGGGAUCCCCGACCGCCCUUCUUGCUCCACUCCUGUGGUUCAUUCUCCUGAUCCUUGUGUCCCUUCCUACCAAAGUGCAACACCGUCUCAUUGGGUCCCGGCCUCAAGAGUUUCGCCCGUUCCGGAUGACCAAAGCAAAGUACAAACGAUACAUUCGACAUUGCCGUCUUCAGCGCCGCCCCACUUCCUUCAGCCAUCGUCGCCACACCCGUCACUAUGGUCUCGCCACCCGCCGUCGCCUCGACCCACGAUCUCAAGAUAUCUUUGACUUGGUCCAACAUAUCAUUCAGUUUUCGGAGUCUCUCACGUUUCGUCGUUCCCGUCGAGAGGGAGAUAAUUGGAGAAGCAACAGACGACAUCAGAGAAAUCACAAUGAUCAAAGCAAUUGGCAGAGAACAAACAACGGUUGGAGAAACAUGAACGACAACGAACCUAGUACCCCUCAUGCUACCACUUCCCGCGAAACACCCCGUGAUGACCAUCAGCGUCGGCGUCGGCGUCCUGGCGAUCCAAACUGGACCUUCUACCAAGGUCCCCGCCAGCAAGGUGAAGAUGAUGCCUUCCGUUUUGAUCCUCCCAGACCUCGCUCCUGUCGCCACGACUCCUCCAGACAUCGUUCCGAUCGCCAUGACCCUUCUUUGACACCAAGUGACGACAUCUUCCGCCACUUCAAUACCUUUCCAAGAACGGAUCGAAUGCGCAGACGAAGGAUGACACGUCUACGUCAACCAAGCAUGCCACGAAUCUACAGACCUACCGUUGGCGUCGGACUCCCAAUGGCUCACGUUGCCGUUCUAUCUUCUCCCGCGGCCAAAGCCUUCUUCAAGAACGCUGAUAUUCCACAACGAUUCAGCAAGGUCAUCAACUGCUUCCGUGCUGCAAUGAAUCCAGAUGAAUUGAGAUCAGAUAUGUCAGGUGAUGAAAAGACGACAAGGUACCCGAUAAUCUGGGAUUCCGGUGCAACAACCUCGAUCUCACCUUACAAGGACGAUUUUGUGGGAAAGCUUGAGCCAGCACCUCUUGGACUCAAGCUUCGUGGAAUCGCUAGCGGCCUGGAAAUCAAAGGGAUUGGACAUGUUGCAUGGUCAGUGGUUGAUACAACUGGCAUGUUACAAACAAUCAAGGUGCCUGCCCUAUACGUACCUUCUGCCACAGCUCGAUUGCUCAGUACCUCAAGUUUGCUCCAGACAUACACCGAUGAGUCCAUCUCAAUGAACGCUGAUCAUCUACAGUUGUCUGGAUCAGACAAAACAAGUUCAGUACACGUUGACCAUAACCCUUCAACGAAUUUGCCAACAUCGCUUGCCUACUCCCAUGGAACUGCCCCUAACCGAUUCGAUGCAUUUGCCAGCAUCAUCACGUCCACCUUGGAGUCAAACCACAACCUCAGUCCCGCCAAGAAAGAACUCCUAAGAUGGCACCAUCGGCUAGGCCAUCUCAACUUCAGUCAGAUCCAAUUUCUACUCCGCACAGGUGUAUUGGCGCAUUCAGACUUGUCAAUAAAACAACGUCGUCGACCGUCUCCUGGAAAGACUUCUCGAGUCGUUUGUGAUCAAGAGGGAGCUUUGAAGAAAGAAAACCUGUUCCCAGGACAAAAGGUGUCAGUUGAUCAUUUUGAGUGUACCACAAGAGGACGAUUGCUUCAUACCUUUGGCAAAGAAGAUCCCAAGACACAGUACACUGGAGGAUGCAUCUUCGUUGACCAUGCAACAGGUUACGUCUUCGUCGAGCAUCAAGUUCAUCUGAACACCCAAGAGACGCUGAGUGCAAAGAUAUCUGUGGAAGAACAACUUCGAGAUUACGGAGUAGUUGUACUCCAAUAUCUAAGUGACAAUGGAAGGCCCUUCACAUCGCAAGAAUACAAUGAUCACUUACUCAAGUUCUCACAAAUUCACUCAUUUGCUGGCGUUGGAGCUCAUCAUCUCAAUGGAAUCGGCGAACAAUCAAUCCAAACCAUCAUGUCCAUCGCUCGAACAAUGAUGAUGCAUCAAGCCAUCCAUUGGCCCGAUGUUGCGACCACCACACUCUGGCCCCUCGCAGUGGAUCAUGCCGUCUUCCUCUACAACCACAUGCCCAACCAAUCCUCUGGUCUCUCACCACACGAUCUGCUUACCAAAACCUGUUGGAAACAGUCACAACUUGCCGAUGUUCAAGUUUGGGGAUGCCCAGUGUAUGUCUUGGACAAACAGAUGCAAGAUGGAAAGAAACUUCCUUGGUGGAAGCCUCGAUCCACCCGCCAGAUCUACGUUGGAAUGAGCAAGAGACAUGCAUCGUCAGUUCCACUUUGUUUGAAUCCCGACACAGGAGCCAUCACCACGCAAUUUCAUAUUGUAUUCGAUCCUACCUUCUCGACUGUGGCAACAAAUGUUGAUGACCUACCUGAUUUUGGUUCGGAAGCCUGGUCCAAACUCUUUGGAGACUCCGUCUACCAAUAUGUUCUGGAUGGUCCCAAGGACCCAUUGCAUCCACCUGAUCCCACCGACGAUCCUCCUCCACCUUUAACUGCAAGAGUCCGAGAACAAACAGAAGUUCACAACCCGCCCACUCCACUGGACGUUGUUCCGCCACCCACCCAGCCCCAAGCCGAUUCCUCUGGAGCCACCAUACCUCCAAUCCAGAGGGAGACAGUCAUCGAGAAUCCGCCAGCUGUUUCCCCCGUUCAGCCGCCUCCUUCUCAGAGGGAGAAUGUGACCCCUAUUCCUACUACCCCUACGCCUACGAAUCAGCCAAAGCCUUCACCUUCGCCGCAGCCAACUCCUUCACCGGCUCGCACACCGCAGCCAACAGCACCACCUCGCAAACCUGCACCUCAGCCAUCAGCCACACGCACCUCUCGCAGAUCCAACAAAGCCCAGCCUCCUAAACGCUUUGGGUAUGAUGGACAUGGGCCUGCAGGAUACACCGCACCCCUAAAAUCGCAAAGUCCAGAGACCAACAACUUCUACACUUACUUUUCAGCAUACUUCAACCAUUCGAACAUUGACCUGGAACACUCCCAUGACUGCAGCUUCAUUCCAAGCUCGUACAAAGCGAGAGCAACCAAGGACCCAGACGUUUUCACUUACAAUGAAGCGGUCAACGGUCCCAACAGCAAAAAGUGGACUGCAGCAGCAAAGAAAGAAAUUGAAGAACUUGAAGGAAAACUCACCUGGAUUGAAGUCCCAAUGUCAAAAGCGAAGACCAAGAUCAUUCCUGGAACUUGGGUCUUUCGUGUCAAGAGAAACCCAAGCGGAGAAAUGACCAAAUUUAAGGCAAGAUACUGUGUGAGAGGAGACCUGGAAGAAAUGGAUGUCGACGAAAACACGUUUGCACCUACCGUUGCAUGGAGUACUGUCCGUCUGUUUCUUGUCCUUUGCUUGAUCCUUGGAUGGGCCACCAUCUUGGUUGACUUCAGCAAUGCAUUCGUACAAUCCAAACUGGACGAACCAAAAUGGGUACACUUACCUUGA